UCUCCAAACGCAGCGCUGUCUGUUUGCUCAGCGAGAACCGGGGGAAAGAUAAAAAGCUGCUGGAGAUUCAAAGAGGAUUAUAGUUCUGGUGCUGCAUCAACAGGAGAGGCUUCGCAACAAACAGUUUAUCUAACUUCCAGGUGAGCCAUGACAUCACUGUUGUUACUGUGUUUCUGUCUUCGGGUAAUCUCAGCAAAAUGGAUCACAACAGACUAUUUGUAUACAGAACCUGAAAGGACUCUGAGUGUUAGUAUCCCCAUUGGCCCUUCUAUCCAAACCUUAAUGGGAGAUACAUUGGUUCUGCCCUGCUAUUUCAGGGAUGGCACAGUGCCGGACCCAGGUGCUCCCACCAUAGCCCCUUUGUCCCAUCGUAUCAAAUGGAGCAUCAUCACUCAAAAGAAGACCACAGACAUUUUGGUGGCCACUGAGGGUAUAGUGUCAGUGAAUAAGAACUUCAUAGACAGGGUUCAAAUGGUGGGUUACCCCACCAGCACUACUGAUGCCACCAUUAAAAUCACACAGCUUCUUUCAAAUGAAUCUGGAGAGUAUCGCUGUGAAGUCAUCCAUGGAAUUGUAGACAGCUUCGAUUCUGUUAAUGUCCAGGUGCAAGGCAUUGUUUUCCAUUACCGUGCCAUUACUUCACGCUACACCCUGACAUUUGAGAAGGCACAUGCAGCUUGUAUUCAGAAUAGUGCUGUGAUUGCCACACCAAUGCAGCUACAGGCAGCAUAUGAUUCAGGGUACCACCAGUGUGAUGCAGGCUGGCUUUCGGACCAGACUGUAAGGUAUCCUAUCCAUGACCCCCGAGAGGCCUGCUAUGGUGACAAAUAUGAAUUCCCAGGAGUUAGAACGUAUGGAGUAAGGGAUGUAAACGAGACCUAUGAUGUGUAUUGCUUUGCUGAGAAGAUGUCAGGGAGGGUGUUCUAUACAACAUGCCCUACAAAGUUCACCUUUGCUGAAGCUCAGGCUGCAUGUACUAAGCUGGGUGCUAAAUUAGCCACAACUGGCCAGCUCUACCUGGCCUGGAAAGCUGGUAUGGAUGAAUGUAAUGCAGGUUGGCUGGCAGACGGUAGUGUCCGCUAUCCCAUCAACUUUGCCCGUCCCCAGUGUGGAGGAGGUCUGCUGGGAGUGCGCACUGUGUACCGCUUCAUUAAUCAGACAGGCUACCCUCUACCAGAAUCAAGAUAUGAUGCUAUCUGUUACACAGAUGAGGAAGAGGAGGGCUCAGCCAUCCCCAACAUCUUCCCAGAUAUACAGACUACGUCAAGUGAGGUACUAAGUGUGAAUUUGGUGACAGUUGAUCCACCAGUGUUUAUCACACAGACUUCCACUGAGAAUGAACUAAUUGGGGAGAUUGAAACCCACAAACCCCCCACCACAACUUCUGACUUCCUGUAUGUGGAGCAGAAUGUCACACAGCUGCCUCUGUCUUCACCACCCAGUGUCACUGACGACUUUGUAAACAUGGUGACUGCACAGCCUGACCUUGGGGAGAUUCCUGAUGAAAAUGCAACUGCACCUGUUAUAUCCCUGACUGGUGUCGUCUUCCACUUCAGACUAGGUCACAGACGCUAUGCUUUUACCUUUAGUGAGGCUCAGCUAGCCUGUCAGGACAUCGGUGCCGUGAUUGCUAGUCCUCAGCAGUUACAGGCUGCCUAUGAAGCUGGUUAUCACCAUUGUGAUGCAGGCUGGCUGACUGACCAGACUGUCAGGUAUCCUAUCACAUCUGCACGAGAGAAAUGUGCUGGUGAUUUGGAAUAUUUGCCGGGUGUGAGGUCUUAUGGUGUACGACCUGAUAAUGAGCUCUAUGAUGUAUACUGCUACAUGGACAAACCAAGAGGGAAUGUCUUUCAUGUGAGUUCAUUUGAGGGUUUGACAUAUGAUGAAGCAACGGCUUAUUGCCAGGCCCAGAAUUCCUCCUUGGCCUCCACAGCUGAUCUGUAUGUGGCCUGGAAGCAAGGCUUUGAUAAGUGUCGCCCUGGCUGGCUCAUCGACCGCAGCGUCCGCUAUCCAAUUAAUAACCCCAGGCCUCAGUGUGGAGGAGGGAAACCUGGAGUCCAUACAGUUUUUAAGUUUCCUAACCAGACUGAAUAUCCUGAUGUGCACUCCAAAUUUGAUGCCUACUGCUUGGAUGGUGAUUUCCAAUUAUAUUUUAAUGAGACUGGAUCGAACCUGACACUAAUUGAAGAGGAAAUGGUGAACCUGACUUCAAGAAAUGACCUUUCUAAACCUGUGAACCCCACUAUUAUUCCUCCGAUUCAUGUGGACCUCUCUGGUUCUGGUUCAGCGGACCUGCCAUCUGGGUCCAAGGAUUAUUCUAGUGAUGUAUCAGUUAGUGGAAGUGGGGAACAGCCUAGUGGGUCAUCAGGUUUAGGAGAACUUUCAGGAUCAGGACUGCCUAGUGGGUCUUCAGGUUUAGCCAAAGAACUUUCAGGAUCUGGUAUGCCAAGUGGGUCUUCAGGUUUAGCAGCAGAACUUUCAGGAUCUGGUGUGCCAAUUUGGUCUUCAGGUUUAGGAGGAGAACUUUCCGGAUCUGGACUGCAAAGUGGGUCUUCAGGUUUAGCAGCAGAACCUUCAGGAUCUGGUGUGCCAACUUGGUCUUCAGGUUUAGGAGGAGAACUUUCAGGCUCUGGAAUGCCAAGUGGGUCUUCAGGUUCAGCAGCAGAACUUUCAGGAUCUGGUGUGCAAAGCUGGUCUUCAGGUUUAGGAGGAGAACUUUCCGGAUCUGGACUGCCAAGUGGGUCUUCAGGUUUAGCCGGAGAACUUUCAGGAUCUGAUGUACCAAUUUGGUCUUCAGGUUUAGGAGGAGAACUUUCAGGAUUUGGACUGCCAAGUGGUUCUUCAGGUUUAGCAGCAGAACUUUCAGGAUCUGGUGUGCCAAGUUGGUCUUCGGGUUUUAAAGGUGAACUUUCAGGAUCUGGACUGUCAAGUUGGUCAUCAGGUGUAGAAGACGUCUUUUCUGGAUCUGGGCCAAGUGGAGACAUGUCUGGCUCAGGCCUUAGCGGUGAUGGCUUAAGCAUAAGUGUGACAUUCUCAGGAACUGGCUCAAAAUUCUCUGGGGAUGCCUCAUCUUCAUGGACACCUCAGGAAGCAGGGGAGGGCAGUGCAGAGAUUCUCACUUUCACUCCAGGUCUGGGUUCUGGCUUCUUCAGUGGGGAUGGGUCUGGAUCAGGAAGUGGCUCUAGUUUUGGUUCAACAGAGAGUGGGUCUACAUCAGAAUUUUUCAGCAUCUUGGAAGACAGAGAAAGUGGGGAACCUUCUGGCAUAUCUUCAGGCCUUGGUUCUAGCAGCGAGAUCUCUGGAUUCAGUGGUUUUCCAUCAGGCUUGACUUCCUCAGGAGAUGACAGUGGUGUCUCUGGGCUUAGUGGCAAUGGAAUAGUCUUGGUGAAAGGCCAGUGGGUCGAAAUGUCUACUGUUCCAACCCUCACAGCUCAGGAGCUGGGUGGAAGUCAAAUGCAUUUCAGUGGAUCUGGAGACCAGCAAGGGUCUGGUUUAAGUGGCUCUGGUGUGAGUGGAAGUGGUGACUUCAGCAGCACUGGAAGUGGUUCAGUAUUUCCUGCCAUCACCUUUUUUGAAUCACACUUUUCUGAUCUCACAGGCCUAUCUAGCACAGAACAAGAGGCUUCUGGAAUUUUGAUGUAUGGAUCAGGGGAAGGGAGUGGUGACUUUUCUGGACACUCUGGUGUUCCAUCUGGAGACACAUCAGAGGCAUCAGCCAGUAGGAAUAUUGUAUCACUUGCUGAUGAGAGCUUAGUGGAAGUUUCUUUCAGAUCCAAUCAAAACCAGGAGCUUAGAAAAGGACCAAUAGAGCACAGUGGGAGGGAGAAUGGAACAUUUCUGAGCAGUGGGGACCAACUUUCUAAUAUUUCAAGUGAAAAUCACCAUGUCACAUCAUCUGCUAGUGAAGACCCAAUUUAUUCAAUCGAUGAGCCAUCAGUUCUGGUUCCGUCAGGACUGUUUAGUAAGAGUGAAUGGCUAAAGGAAUUGUUUUCAAAUCCUGCUGAUUCAGCGACUCCAGCACCUAUAUCUGGCACCACUACCAACCCUACCUUUUUGAUUCAGACCCCGGCUGUCAUAGAGAUCCCAGCCAUGGUGAAUGCUGCUGUGGACCCAUGUAACCCAAACCCCUGUGGUGCUGCUGCGUGUUCUGUGCAGGACGGGGUUGGUGUGUGUCACUGCCCACCUGGGGUGAAAGUGGAAGAUUGCCAUGUUGAGGUUGAUGUGUGCCAUUCAAACCCUUGUGCCAAUGGAGCUACGUGUGUGGAAGUACAGGAUGCUUUCAAAUGCUUAUGCCUGCCCAGCUAUGGAGGGGAUCGCUGUGAGAUCGACAUAGAAACAUGUGAGGAGGGCUGGACUAAGUUUCAGGGCAACUGUUACCUACACUUCUCUGAGCGAGCAGUGUGGGAGGAGGCUGAACAACACUGUCGAGGCCUUGGAGCUCAUCUGGUCAGCAUCACCAGCCAAGAAGAACAAGUAUUUGUUAACUCCCAUGCACAUGAUUACCAGUGGAUUGGACUCAGUGAUAAGACCUUUGAGAAUGACUUCCAGUGGACAGAUGGAACCCCAAUGCAAUAUGAGAACUGGAGGCCUAAUCAGCCGGAUAACUAUUUCAAGUCUGGUGAGGAUUGUGUGGUGAUGGUCUGGCACGAAUUUGGGCAGUGGAAUGACGUGCCUUGCAACUAUCAUCUACCAUUCACAUGCAAAACUGGACCUGUCACAUGUGGCCAGCCUCCUGAACUGCAGAAUGCCAGAUGGUUUGGGACUAAGAAAGAACGCUAUCAGGUCAACUCAAUAAUCAGAUAUCAGUGCAAUGAUGGCUUCAGACAGCGCCAUCUACCAGUGGUUCGCUGCAUGGCAGAUGGACACUGGCAAAAGCCACAGGUGGAAUGCAUACCCCAAAUCAAAAAAAGACUACUGAAGAGAUCUAUUAGGCGUCGAUCUGCCAAGAAAACAUCGUUGAGGAAGCACCUCAAAUGACUUGAGAAGAAAUAGUUAAGAGAUUUUUAAAAAAUCAUUUAAAUCUUAUUUUUCAUGGCCUUGAAUUGAGAAUGCAUUAUGUAUUAAAAAGUUUCAUUUUUAAGA